UUUAGUGGUUCACGACUUAACUGUACUUGAAUUAUGAAUAUCUUAUUUCAGUAUAAAACAAAGAGGUCCAAACUUUUCAUUUAACAGAUAGAUUGUUAAUUUUCUGAAGAUCCAUUCUUCUAUUUUUCUCUUCGGAAGUAUGAAAGGAAGAACAAAUACUUUAUUUAUUCUUUUAAUGUCAGUCUACGGUUUUGCUAAUUCUAAUGGCAACAACUUUGUUAAUGAAUACUUUGAUACUGUGUUAAAUACAGCCUUGCAAAUGGAACUGGGAUCUUUAGGUCUCGAUCCGGUUUUCCUACCCGAUUUUGAUACUGAUUUCGACGACAGAAUAAAACUAAUUGGAAGAGUACAUGGUAUUGCAAAUUUCUACGAUGGUCAACUAGGAGGAUUAGGAAAUGCUCGAAGAAAAGGAGACUGUUCAGGACCAUUUUUAGAUUGGAACAUGCCUUUUAUUAAUUGUUCUCUAGGUUUAGAUGAUUUAAAAAUCUAUUUUAAAGGUAAGCUUAAGUACGGCAAGCUUCCAACAGUUUCAAUUACUGCCAGAGCAAAUUUAACGUCCACUCUCAUGUCAGUUAUAAUUGCCAACUAUCCGAUAAAUGUUAAUAAUUUAAGAUCAGUAUCAUUUUUAAAAAUUGGUCAGAUUCAGCCAAAAUUUACUGGCUUAGGUUCUCCUUUGAACAAAUACUUAGAUGUAUUGGAAAAAGGAUUUAUAGAUCACGCUUGGCCAGCUGUUAUUAACAUGAUAAGUUUAAAUUUUCUGUAUGCUUUGCAAAAUGCGGUUUUUGCAGUUCCAUUUAUGUGGUACACUGCGUUUUAAUUCUUCUUUUCAGUUUUAUGUAGUUACAAUCUAAAUUCAAUUGUUUCUGAAAUAAUUUCUAAAAUCUGUAGCCUCGA